CCCCCCGUAGGUGUUGGUGGAAUGAGCGUUGCGUGUGUUUUGAAGAGAAAAGCAGUACUCUGGCAGGACUCGUUCAGCCCCCACCUGAAACAGCACGCUCAAGAUACAGCUAAUCCCAACAUGCCUGUUGUAUUGACAUCUGGAACAGGGUCCCAGGCUCAGCAACAGCCAGCUGCAAAUCAGGCGCUUGCAGCAGGGACACACUCCAGUCCUGUUCCUGGAUCCAUAGGAGUUGCAGGCCGCUCCCAGGACGACGCUAUGGUGGAUUACUUCUUCCAGAGGCAGCAUGGUGAGCAGCUUGGGGGAGGAGGAAGUGGUGGAGGCGGCUAUAAUAACAGCAAACAUCGCUGGCCUACCGGGGAUAACAUUCAUGCAGAACAUCAGGUGCGUUCCAUGGAUGAACUGAAUCAUGAUUUUCAAGCGCUUGCUCUGGAAGGACGGGCUAUGGGAGAGCAGCUGUUGCCGGGUAAAAAGUUUUGGGAAUCUGAUGAUUCCAGCAAAGAUGGACCAAAAGGGAUAUUUCUGGGAGAUCAGUGGAGAGACAGUGCUUGGGGAACAUCAGAUCACUCUGUUUCCCAACCAAUUAUGGUUCAGAGAAGACCUGGUCAGGGCUUUCAUGUGAAUAGUGAAGUCAACUCAGUGCUUUCACCACGGUCAGAGAGUGGAGGACUUGGAGUUAGCAUGGUGGAGUAUGUGUUGAGCUCAUCUCCUGGAGAUUCCUGCCUAAGGAAAGGAGGAUUUGGGCCAAGGGAUGCAGAGAAUGAUGAGAAUGACAAAGGGGAUAAGAAAAAUAAGGGCACAUUUGAUGGCGAUAAAUUAGGAGAUCUGAAGGAGGAGGGGGAUGUGAUGGAUAAAACAAAUGGUUUGCCUGUGCAGAAUGGAAUCGACGCAGAUGUCAAAGACUUCAGCCGUACACCUGGUAAUUGCCAGAACUCUGCUAGUGAAGUAGAUCUUCUGGGUCCAAACCAGAAUGGAUCAGAGGGCUUAGCCCAGCUGGCGAGUACUAAUGGUGCCAAGCCAGUGGAAGAUUUCUCCAACAUCGAGUCCCAGAGUGUCCCUCUGGAUCCCAUGGAGCAUGUUGGCAUGGAACCUCUUCAGUUUGAUUAUUCUGGCACCCAAGUACCUGUGGACUCGGCCGCAGCCACCGUGGGGCUCUUCGAUUACAACUCCCAACAGCAGUUGUUCCAAAGACCGAAUGCACUUGCUGUUCAACAACUAACAGCAGCGCAGCAGCAGCAGUACGCGUUGGCAGCUGCCCAUCAGCCUCACAUAGCAGGUUUAGCUCCUGCUGCCUUUGUCCCCAAUCCGUACAUCAUCAGUGCCGCUCCACCGGGAACAGAUCCGUAUGCAGCCGGACUUGCAGCAGCUGCGACAUUAGGUCCGGCGGUUGUUCCUCACCAGUACUAUGGAGUUACGCCCUGGGGAGUUUAUCCUGCCAGCCUCUUCCAGCAGCAAGCCGCCGCAGCUGCCGCUGCAACUAAUUCGGCGAAUCAGCAGACCACUCAGCAAACCCAGCAGGGCCAACAACAGGUUCUACGUGGAGGAGCCAGUCAGCGUCCUUUGACACCAAAUCAGAACCAGCAGGGACAGCAGACUGAUCCGCUGGUGGCUGCUGCAGCCGUCAAUUCUGCCCUUGCUUUUGGACAAGGGCUGGCGGCAGGGAUGCCAGGUUACCCAGUGCUGGCUCCUGCUGCUUACUACGACCAAACAGGUGCUCUCGUGGUGAAUGCAGGGGCCAGGAACGGCCUGGGGGCCCCCGUCCGUCUGGUAGCCCCCGCUCCAGUCAUCAUCAGCUCCUCCGCGGCGCAAGCAGCGGUUGCAGCAGCUGCAGCUUCGGCCAACGGUGCAGCGGGCGGCCUGGCAGGGACGACAAACGGACCAUUUCGCCCUCUAGGAACUCAGCAGCCCCAACCCCAGCCCCAGCAGCAGCCCACCAACAACCUGGCAUCCAGCUCGUUUUACGGCAACAACUCUCUCAGCAGCAAUUCCCAGAGCAGCUCGCUCUUUUCUCAGGGCUCUGCCCAGCCUGCCAACACUUCCCUGGGGUUCGGAAGCAGCAGCUCUCUCGGUGCCACGCUGGGGUCUGCGCUGGGAGGCUUUGGGACAGCAGUUGCUAACUCCAACACGGGCAGUGGCUCCCGCCGAGACUCCCUUACAGGGAGCAGUGACCUGUACAAGAGGACAUCCAGCAGUUUGACACCUAUAGGACACAGUUUUUAUAAUGGCCUUGGGUUUUCCUCUUCUCCUGGACCUGUGGGAAUGCCUCUGCCCAGCCAAGGACCUGGCCACUCUCAGACUCCACCACCUUCCUUAUCUUCACAUGGAUCAUCUUCAAGUUUAAACCUGGGAGGGCUCACGAAUGGGAGUGGCCGUUACAUCUCUGCUGCUCCGGGGGCUGAAGCCAAGUACCGCAGGGGCAGCAGUGACUCCACGCUCUUCAGGCCCAAAAAAACUCGCUUGCGCUAUGGGAUGUCUGAUGUGAUGCCCUCUGGCCGAAGCAGGCUGCUUGAAGACUUUCGCAACAACCGGUACCCUAAUUUACAGCUGAGGGAGAUUGCUGGUCACAUCAUGGAAUUCUCCCAAGAUCAGCAUGGAUCCAGGUUUAUUCAGCUGAAACUGGAGCGUGCUACCCCAGCAGAACGUCAGCUUGUGUUCAACGAGAUCCUCCAGGCAGCUUAUCAGUUGAUGGUCGAUGUAUUUGGAAAUUAUGUCAUCCAGAAGUUCUUUGAAUUUGGCAGUCUGGAACAGAAGUUAGCCUUGGCAGAACGUAUCCGUGGGCAUGUUCUGUCCCUGGCUCUGCAGAUGUACGGCUGUAGGGUGAUCCAGAAGGCCCUUGAGUUUAUUCCCCCAGACCAGCAGGUAAUUAAUGAGAUGGUACGGGAGUUGGAUGGCCAUGUCCUGAAGUGCGUGAAAGACCAGAAUGGUAAUCAUGUGGUGCAGAAGUGUAUUGAGUGUGUGCAGCCUCAGUCCCUGCAGUUUAUCAUUGAUGCGUUUAAGGGACAGGUUUUUGCGUUGUCUACACAUCCAUAUGGCUGUCGUGUGAUCCAGAGGAUCCUUGAGCACUGUCUUCCUGAGCAGACCCUUCCCAUCUUGGAGGAACUUCACCAACACACCGAGCAGCUUGUUCAGGAUCAGUAUGGGAACUAUGUUAUCCAGCAUGUACUAGAACAUGGUCGGCCUGAGGAUAAGAGCAAGAUUGUAGCAGAAAUUAGAGGCAACGUGCUCGUGUUGAGUCAACAUAAAUUUGCUAGCAACGUGGUGGAGAAAUGCGUUACUCAUGCCUCCCGUACAGAGCGUGCCAUGUUGAUCGAUGAGGUGUGCACUAUGAAUGAUGGCCCUCACAGUGCCUUAUACACCAUGAUGAAAGAUCAGUACGCCAACUACGUGGUACAGAAGAUGAUCGAUGUGGCAGAACCAGCUCAGCGGAAGAUUGUCAUGCACAAGAUCCGGCCUCACAUCGCUACCCUGCGUAAAUACACCUACGGCAAACACAUUUUGGCCAAGCUGGAGAAAUACUACAUGAAGAACGGGGUGGAUCUAGGGCCCAUUUGUGGACCACCGAACGGUAUCAUUUGAAGCAGCGAACUGGGGAGGAGCUCACUGGCCAUCCGGCAUCUACAACCAGCAACCGACGAUAUUCCAAUAUACAGUUCGAACGUAUUUUAUGGUUGCUAAACUGCUAAAAAAAGAAAAAAGAAAAGCCUUUGUAAAUUUCUUUAAUUUUAUUAUGCAUAACAUGUACUAAUUAUUUUUUUUAAUUAACUAAUUGCCCUGCUGUUUUACUGGUGUAUAGAAUACUUGUACAUAGGUAUCAAAUGUACAUGGAAGGCCACAUUUUUGUUCACUGUUGUAUCUAUAUUCCAAAUGUGGAAACUUUCAGGGUGGUUGGUUUGAAGAAAACAAACAAAAAAACCCGUUUUUAAUUCAUCUGCCUUGCAGGCAACUUUUUUGCAAAUACCUGUUUUUUCUCCUUUUAGUCAAAAGUCAGCAAGAAGUUUGAAUUUUAGUUAAAUGGCACAAAUGACGCAUUUAACGCUGUUUAUAAAUAAAAAAA